AGCAAAAGAGGGCGCAGAUAUUGAACCAACAGCAGCUACGACAAAGUGCGCUGGAUAAAAAACACGCUGAUCAAAGGAAACAAAUUCAACAUGGUAUGCUCUCGGAUUGGGAAGUACGCUAUGCACGUGCGAAGUUAGAACUCAAGGAGAAGCACUACCAGGAAUAUGCGGAUGCUUUGAAUGAGUUGACUCCAGAGCAGGCAGAGGAACACAGGCGAUCAGUCGACAAGGCGCUGGCAGCCGCGAGGGAACUGGAAAUGGUCAAACAAAAAUUAGAUGAACAGCGAACGGAGAAUGAACUGAAACUCAAACAGGAAAAUGAAACAUUUGAAGCCGAGCAACAACAAAAGUUUGAAGAGGAACUCAAGGCGUUUGACAAACAACUAGAACAAGAGGCAGAAGAAGAACAGAAAAAGAACGAAAAGGCAAUCUUAGCUCUAAAUACUCGCAAAGAAGCCCUACUGAAGGAAAAGAAGGCAAAAGUCAAACAAGAAAUGGAUAAAAUGAGCAAACAGGGGGCUUCAAAGGAAGACCAAGAAGCCAUAUUGAAAGAGCACAGCAAAGACUUGGCUAAAUUGAUGAACAAAAUGGAUGCAGAUAGAAUGAGGAUGCAGAGCUCACUGGAGGAACGUCUGAAGAAAAGACGUGACGCAAAACGGCAGGCUAAGGUGGCUGAACUUACAACUCGAAACGAAGAGGAGAAGAAAGAGUUUGAAGAAAAAAUACAAUCUGAGCGCGAUCGAGCUCAAGCUGAAGAAGUGAUCGCUUUAAAGGAAAGCAUUCAUGUCGAUAACCUUGUAGCUGCUACUAUCGAAUCUGAAGCUACCCCACCCCCUAUGCAACAAGGUCGACUAAUGCCGGAGAGUUAUCGAUUAGCAGCUCCUUUAAGCGAAGGUGAACUAGCAUCGCUGUUGCUGUCAUCGCCGCUGUACCAAAAGAUCGAAAGCAUCAAAUCACUGGUGAGUGGUGGCGCUGGUAAAGCAGGACAGUUUGGUGCUUCAGCACCGGGUGAAGGUUAUAUUGACAUCAAGGAUGACACUUUGUGGGCAGGGGACGAUGAACUUGUCCCAGUUGAUCUGAACACGCUGCCUGCUCGGGCGUUCGUUACAUACAAGUUUGGCUCUUUCAUUGUCGAUUUACUCGCCGUUCAUUGUCAUCAUCUUCCAGUCACCCUUUUGCUCGCCGAUAAGUUGCCUCCAAACCCUCAUCUUCAAAGGAACGCUUACAGGAAUUCCUUUUUCUACGACGCAAACAAUCGUAUCUUGUACGUGCGAACCGAACGAAUGGACAACGUUGGAGAGUUUAUUUUGGUUCUGGUUCACUGCCUCGCGCACAUUGCUUGCGGAGACUUACGGGACGACUCCCAUCCGGGAUUUAUGAAAGAGUUCCAUCUCGCCCUAGCCGUAAUUUGCGAUGACUUGUUCUUUGCACGAUAUAGGCGUUCCUCUGCGCUUGCGCGCACACUGUCCUCACUUCCUGCAAGCGACGAUUUGGAAAGCGCCAGCCGUGUUCUGCUGGAGUCCGUAUUUGGUGAUGCUCAUACUGAGGCCGACAAGGAGAAUAUGGUGGAAGGACUCUUGGACGUCAAGCUUUUGCGGGGUGCGAACAAAGAGGGCGUACAUUUUACACAUGAAGGUAUUGUGGAACGUUUAUCCAAGUACAGUAACUUUGCUGUAGAGUCUAAGUUGAGAUCUUUCUUGGGUGAUGUGGAAGAGAAGGCGUCCCACGCCCGUCUUCAAGGCACAGAAGAGUUUAUUGAUAAACGACUACACGAGCUACAAGGACCACAAGCUAAGGAGAGACCGGUGUCACGAUACGCGCAGUCACGUAGUAAUUUGUUGUCACGUGGAGUGUCUCGACAGGUUUCCCGCGCCCAGGCUCUGUCACGCAAUGGCACUAGUUUGCCAAUAUCUGGGAAACCUACACAGCGUAAGGAUGACGAGGACCUUUAUAAGACCUUCCUUGAGGUUCAAGUUAAUGACAUGCAAGACACGGUAGACAGCUUGAAUCAGGAAUUCGCCCAGCUCUCCAGGCAGUCUCUUGAUGUCACUACAAACCUAAGGGAACUAGAACAAGAGCUGUUGGCUCAAACAGACCUCUUUAGGGAGUCAGCGGAGGGUAGCAUAGAGCAUGCCCAGCAUAAGAAUGCCGUUCGACAAACAACCACCAAGAUAACCACUGCAAAGGCUUCGCUAGAAUCCAUUAAUCUACAGAAAAGUAACUGUCUGGAGCGACUGAACUUGUUCAAGAAAAAGUUGGAAGAGAAACAAGCACAACUGGAGCAGCAUGCGAACAAACCCGAACAUGAGCGCAAGCAACAAGCUGAGAGAAAACUACAGACAGCCAUGGGAGGAAAACCACAGAAGAAAAUAAAGAAGUAAACCUAGUGCUUUUCUAACUUUUCUAACUUUAGAAUUUUUUUAAAUAUUAUUUAUUUGCACUGAUUGCAACGCAAGAUAUUUAAUUAGUAUAGGCUGGAUACAUGGAAUCGUGGGUUUAGAUCAAAAACACUAUUUUUGAUAAUUUUUUUAUGCAUCUGAAGCUGUAGUUUGGAUAGUUCAUUUUCUGGUGUAGGGACAUCAUUUGAACUGUCGAGUCCAUCAGAUAAUUGUAAAAUUUAGUUUUUGCGCUGAUUUAUGACAGUCCAUUGAAGAGCCAUAUCAGCGUGGUGUUUUGUCAUUGAUUUUUUCAGAGAAAAAGCGAUUUUUUUAUUGAAUGAAGCGCAUGAUUUCAGUUAAUUGUAGUAUUUUCCUAGGGUUAUAAUGUAAAGAAUAUUGAAUUAAAGCUAUUUUUUAAAUCUA